UGGCUAAUGAUGCUAUUGGGAAAUGCACCCCUGGUCAGUUCUCGUCUGUAUUCUACGUUUGUGUUUGAUGGUGUUUCCCUUGUUUCCUGGAUUAUUAUUAAAGUCUUCCUUUCUGCAUAUCCACCAAGGCACAUGACAGAAGAACCGACCAAAACAACAUCGUCCUCAUCCAGCCCCAUCAGAAAUACAAGUGGCCUGGUCAGCUCACUCCGGCUCCCUCCACAUACCCUUUCAGUGGGGCAUAACCCUUUCAUUUCUGCCCUCUGGCACUUCCCCACGUCCUCAGUUCAGGGAUCCUGAUGUCUGCCACUCCAGAGCCUCAACGCAAGAUGGCCGUCACUACAGAGCCUUGUCACAAAAUGGCUGUCACUCCAGAGCCUUGUCACAAAAUGGCUGUCACUCCAGAGCCUUGUCACAAGAUGGCUGCCAUUCCAGAACCUCGUCGCAAGAUGGCCACCACUCUAGAGCCUCGUCGCAAGAUGGCAACCACUCCCGAGCCUGCAAGAUGGCCGCUGCCACGCCUGAGCCCUCGGUCAAGAUGGCUGCCGCCAAGGCUCUGUAUCUCUUCCUCACCCAGGAUUCAGUCCCUGACCUCAGUCCUGUGAUGGUUUCUAUCCCUCCCCUCCGUCCAGCGGCGACUCCCUUCCUCAUCCCAAGUCCGGUGGUGACUCUCUCCUUCAUCCCGAGUCCGGCGGCGACUCUCUCCUUCGUCCCGAGUCCAGAGGCAACUCCCUCCUUCGUCCCGAGUCCCGAGAUGGAUCUCACCCCUGAGUCCGCUCCAGCCCACAAGCCCGCUCAGGAGUCCGCUCCAACCCAGAGACCCAUAGUUCCUCCCAAGAAUUUUUUGGGGGGGCGCCAUAUACAGUACCUGUGGCCAUAGUAGCUGAGCCUGGGGUCAGGACCGAGGCCACGGAGGCCACACUCCCAUGGUGCCUUGAACUGCCUGCACCUCCAUGGCCUCUGAACUGUCAGCGCCGCCCUGGCCCCCUGGAGGCAUGUGAGCUCCUGCCCACGGCCUCCAGGGUGCCCACCCCCCCUCUCCAGUUGGACCUUCCGGGAGGGGGGAGUAAUGUCAGGGUUCUUUAUGUUCUGUCACAUGUUCUUUGUUCUUAGUUUUCCCGCCACAAGUUUGUUCCCUUGGUUACCCUGAUUUGAGUUCAUUAGUCCUAGCUGUGUCCUGUUAAUUGGCCUUGUUUGCCCCUCUGUUUGCCCUGUUUAUAUUCCCUGUGUUCUCCCUCAGUCCUGGUUGGUUCUCGUCUGUAUUGUACAUUUGUGUUUAAUGGUGUUUCCCUUGUUUCCUGGAUGAUUAUUAAAGUCUUCCUUUCUGCAUUCCUCCUCAUCGUGAGUAUUUAUCCACCAUGGCACAUGACAAAACUUUUUUAUAUAUAUAUCAAAAUUACAAGCAAUACAGACUUUGCUGCAGUUUUAAAUCCCUAAGUAUUUAUUCCUCAUUCAUAUCGCUGUGCUCAUUUGUGCUUGAAGGUUAUUUGGAUAUUAUUAUUUCCAACAGAGCUUCUCUUGUAGCACACCUUGUGAAUGAUUUUGAAUUUUAGUCACUGAUUCAUGAAAAACAAAAUUAUGGCUGAAUGAACAUUUGUAAAGCCGGUGCAGGACAGAGGGUGGAACUAAUACAUGACUGAUUACUUUGCUGCCUUCUUACUCAUUCAGUCCUGUUUCUUCGAGCUGAAAAUUAAGCAAAAUUUAAGUAACGACAAUUCCUAUUAAGACUGGUUUAAAUUGCUUUAUAUUUCUUAACCAAAUUGUGUUUGUUUAACUUAAGCUUGUAACUUGUGUUCUUAUUGCACAGAAGAUUGUGCCUUAAAAUAAUAGAUUACAUUUUAUUGUCACUUUAUCUCUAGCCAAUUACAAGAAGUUUGACGCACACUUUGACAUCAUGCACACACACUGAUACAUAAUGAAAGAAAGCAGGCCUAUUGUGUAACAGUCAUAAAGUCAUUUGAGCUAGGGUGGUGUGAGCAGAUGGUUCUUCUGUGAGACGUGACUGUUGAGGUUAUACGCUGUCUCUCUCUGGAUUUUAAGGAUUUUUUUUUUAUACUGUGGUGUGAGUGUGUCUGCUUGUGUUUUUGCUUACAUAUAGAACUGAAUGAGCUAGUGAACUGUCUGUCGGAGAGAGCUCAAUGAGGGUGUGCGUACAGGCCUCAUUUCUGCUCUGUGUCUUGGCGAGUGUAUCCUCCACUCCAUGUCUGCCUGAGCAGUUUUCUUGUGCGAAAGGAGGCUGUGUGUCUGAGGAGCAUGUAUGUGAUUUCAGAGAAAACUGUGAAGAUGGCAGUGAUGAGACUAACUGUUCCCAGUUUGUGAGAUGUGACUUUCAGGAAGGUUUCUGUGGUUUUCAACAUCAUGUUUGGAUGAGAGGCUCAGGCUUGAGUCGGCCCAGUACUGAGGCAGACCAUAGAGAAAAUGUUACUAAUCAUUGCCUCUAUAUACAAUCUGAAAAUGGAGAAGGAGUCACUGCUGAAAUAUACAGUCCUCUUUUCCAGCCUUCACAGACAUGCUGGCUAACUUUCUAUCGUCAUAUUGGGGUGCUGACAGGGGCUUUGCAGGUUCUGAUCCAAUUCAAAUCUUCAGGAGAGAUGGAGGAGGUCUGGUUUCAGUCCACUUCCAAUCCUUAUCCACACACUCUUCCCUGGAUGCGAACAGUGGUGGUGUUAAACAGCAGAGAGGAGUUUAAGGUUGUGAUCAGAGGAUUGAUUUUCAACAGCAGUGACCCAUAUGAAGUUGUUGCGAUUGAUGAUCUGUCCUUCAGCAGAGAAUGUGUGGCAGCAGAGACUGACAUCAAGGCACCUCUUUCAGCUCACUUUCACUGUGGGGCAAAUAUCUGUGUGGAUGGGGUGAAAGUGUGUGACUUUUAUUUAGACUGCCCCAAUGGAGAGGACGAGGCCAACUGUUCGGCACAGUGUGAUUUCGAGUCUGACUCCUGUGGCUGGUAUGAGCUCAUCCAGGGUGAUGGAUUUGAAUGGGUAAGAGGCUCAGCUGAUGGAGUCUCCAUAGAGUAUCUAGACCAAACACCACCCCAGGACCACUCGACUAAUACAAGUGCAGGCCACUUCAUGUUUAUUUUCAAGAAGAGCAGCAGGUUUUCCCAGCAGGCUUUGCUGCGUAGUCCUACAUUUCAGCAAGCAAGUUCAGAUUGUGUCAUGACCUUCUGGCACUAUAAUUCUGGCCAUUCUGUUGGUGCUGCUGAAAUGCAUCUGCUGAUAGAUGGCUUAGACAGCAUCACUUUACUUUGGCAAACACUUUACGACCAAGGUAACCAGUGGCACCCGGUAACUGUCCAGAUUGGCAGGCAGACCAGGCCUUUCUACAUCUCGGUUGCAAAACUGAGCCUGGCUGUGUAUGAGGGAGUCUCUGCCCUAGAUGAUAUUAUGUUCCAUAACUGCUCAUUGCCCGAGGCUGUGGAGAUGUGCCCUACUCCAUAUCACUUUCACUGCCACCGGAGCAAAGCAUGUGUGAACUAUACUCUGAUCUGUGACCUGAUCGAUGAUUGUGGAGAUGGAACAGACGAGGAAAACUGCUCCCCAGAGCUAAUGUGUGACUUUGAGGAAGGCCUGUGCAGCUGGACUCAGGAACAUGAGGUGGAUAUGUUUGAUUGGACCCGUAUCCAAGGACCCACUCCCACUUUCAACACAGGCCCAUGGAAGGACCACACACAUGCCAAUGCGGAUGGCCACUUCCUCUAUAUCGAAUCUUCAGAACCACAGAAGUUCAAAGACACCGCCGUUCUUAUCAGUCGGCCUUUUCUUCCAACUCCUCACCGAGGUCCUGAACCCAAAGCACUGUGCAUUUUCAGAUUCCACUAUCACAUGUUUGGGCAGAAUGUAUUCCGAUUGGCUGUGUAUAUGCGCACACGUAACAGUGGGCGGGGAAACUUGUUGUGGGUUCGUUAUGGCGACCAAGGCAACUUCUGGCACAGGGAGAUACUGCCGAUCAACAGCGCCCACCACUUUCAGAUUUUAGUGGAGGGGACAGUUGGUGAUGACUUCAGAGGAGAUAUUGCCAUAGAUGAUCUGUCUUUCCUUGGCUGUCAGCCAUAUGAAGGUGAAUUGCCCUCAAAAGAGCCCAGCACCUCUGCCCCGCUGUUCACUGUGUCAGCACCACCCCUUCAUAGCUGCCCCCCUGACCAGUUUGUGUGCUCAACUACAAGAGAGUGUGUGAACCUCAGUCAAGUGUGCGAUUUCACACCCGACUGCUCCGAUAGCUCUGAUGAAGAGCACUGUGUGAAGCAGUAUUGUGAUUUUGAAGGUGGCAUACUUUGUGGAUGGUAUUUAAGUGAUCCAGCCACUCCUGUUCCUCCACAUGCCUUUCGCUGGCAGACAGGACAAGGGGAGAGUAUUCACCAUGGAGAAGAGAACCACAGACCUGCUAACGACCACACACUUGGUUCUUCACAGGGUUGGUAUAUAUUUGCGGACAGCUCCAAUGGAGGAUAUGGUCACACCACUGAUCUCUUGACUGCUCCCAUCAAAGUAACAGGACCCCAGUGCACUCUGGUGUUCUGGUAUCACAUGAGUGGCUUCACUGUUGGAACUCUGCAGGUCUUCAUCAAAUCAGGUACUGUCACACAUGAAGUUUGGUCCCAAAAUGGUAACCAAGGCAGCAGCUGGAGGCGGGGUGAGGUCUUCAUAGGAAUCCGUCAUAACAUCCAGGUGGUUCUUCGAGCCAAGCGGGGCAUCAGCUACAUGGGGGAUGUUGUUGUUGAUGACGUGGCAUUUGUGGACUGUGCCCCUCCAAUAACGUCUAAUCUUCCUUGUCAUAACAACGAGUUCAUCUGUGCCAACGGUCACUGUAUCUCUGAGGACAACUUGUGUGACUUUAUUGAUCACUGUGGAGAUGGCUCAGAUGAGAAUCAUUACAUAUGCAAGGGAUUCAGUGGUCGCUGCGAUUUUGAAUUUGACCUUUGCUUAUGGAGACAGAGCCAAGAUGAUGACUUUGAUUGGUUGAUAAAACCAGGAAAUAUGCACACUCAUGGGACUGGACCAUCCACUGAUCACACCCUCCGUAACCCAUCAGGCCACUACUUGUAUCUAGAAGGAUCCUUCCCACAGACAACUGGACAUACUGCCCAAAUCCUUGGACCUCUUUUCCAUCACCGCAGCAAGGAAUGCAAAAUGGUCUUUUAUGUCCACAUGUCUGGUGACGGCAUUGGCACUCUGAACGUGUACAUGUUUACAAACUCCAGCCGCUCACUCUUACUCAGCCUCACUGGUAAUCAAGGCAACUACUGGAGCAGACAGGAAGUGCCUCUCUCAUCUUCUGAAAGCUUCCACAUUAUGCUUGAAGGGAAGGUGGGCCUCAAUACUCGAGUUCACAUCUGCCUGGAUGACAUCAUCUUCUCAUCAGGCUGUAUUCUUAGCAGCGGAUUUAAGCCAGACACCACUCCCCGGUCACUCCCAGGAUCCUGUCCACCAGGUUCUCUACAGUGUGAAAAUGGCAAUUGCUACAAGCAAGUGCAGAAAUGUGACUUUUCAGAUGACUGUGGAGAUGGAACUGAUGAAUCGGAUUGUGGGACAUCCUGCUCAUUUGAACAUGGGCGCUGUGGUUGGAAAAGCAGCCUGGGGGACACCUUUAGUUGGGCCCUUGGAGUCGGCUCCGUUCAUAUGAUCAGACCUCCUCAUGAUAAUACACUUAAGAAUGAAAGUGGCCACUUUGUAUAUCUGGCAGCCACUCCGUUGGGAUUGAAAGCCACAGGAAUCAUCCGUCUAUUUAUUAAGACAGAAAAUGAGCUGAGGGAGGUGUGGACACAGCGGCAGAUGCACAGGGAAUGGAGAAGAGCGGAAGUGUCUCUGAGGAACCUGAGGAACUUUAUUCUCAUAUUUGAAGUAAUUCGAACACAAGAUGUGAGUGGUGGAGCGGCUCUGGACGACCUGCAGUUCAUUGACUGUGCACCACGAGCUGUGCUUCCUGGGUCAUGCCCUGCGGUCACAGAUUUUGUUUGUAAUAAUGGAGACUGCAUUGAGUAUCAUUUGGAGUGUGAUGGUAAAGCUGACUGUUCCGAUGAGUCUGAUGAGCUAGACUGCAUGAUUGUUCCAGGAGCUUGUAAUUUUGAUAUGCCUGGUGGCCAUUGGCAUGAGACCUGUCAGCUGUCUCAGGAUCCUUACGAUGACUUUGACUGGGAUAUAGGCUAUGGCAGAAUGCUUAAUGGGACAGGACCAUCAGCUGACCACAGUUCCAAUGGAGGAGGGGGGUACCUGUUUGUGAACUCCAGUGCCCAGAGAGAAGGAAACAUUGCCAGUUUAAUAACCCAGCUGGAGUUUCCUGCCAGUGUCGGAAUAUGUCAUCUGCGCUUUUGGUUCCACAUGUACGGCUCUCAUCACAUGGGUACGCUGAAGGUGUAUACCGUGGGCCACAGUGGAACACCCUUGCUAAUGUGGGCAACCUGUGGAGACCGUGGAGACAGCUGGCAGUAUGCUAAUGUGAUCUUAUCAAAUGCAUCACCCUUCAGAGUGAGUAUUCAGGCAGAAGUGGGAGCGGACCAGUGGACGGACAUUGCUGUGGAUGACAUCUCUUUCACUAGGCAAUGUCUAGUUGGAGGUCCAGUGACCCCUAUCCCACGAACAUGCCACAUGGAGCACUUCCAGUGUUUGUAUCUGUUCGAGUGUAUACCACUGAGUUGGCACUGUGAUGGUGAGGUGGACUGUCUUGACCACUCGGAUGAGGAGAUGUGUGCGAGUGUGGUUCCUGGCACUACGCUUCCUCAAACAGGGUGUGAGACUGGAGAGUACCGCUGCACGGACCGCUGUAUUCCAGCACUACUGCACUGCGAUACUGUUGUAGAUUGCCCAAAUGGAGAAGAUGAAUAUGGAUGCUCUGUUAAGAUAUGUGAUGAAGGAGAACUAGUGUGUGAGGCGACAGCAAAGUGCGUAUCGUAUCAGAGUCGAUGCGACAAUAUUGUUGACUGCCAUCCUUUUAACUCUGAUGAGUCCAGCUGCUAUGAGUGUCCCUUUGGGUACUGUCUCAAUGGAGGGAGAUGUGCAGUAAAGGAGCAUGGACCAGUGUGCAUUUGUCCAUCACAGUGGACUGGGAAUCGUUGCCAAGAAAAAACAUUUACUCCCACAACACCUGUGAUACCAAAUAGUAAACUAGAUAACUGGAUGGCUGUCAGUGUUGGAUUAAGUGUAGCAGUGAUCCUGGUGGUCAUUGCAACUGGAGCCAUUUUGUUCUGGUUAUUUCAAAAGAGACAUUCACAAAAAGACUCCGAUCUUAUUGCUAAUGAAGAUUUGGAUAGCUCAGACUUGCCGAACAAGCUGCCCUCCCUUGAUGUUAGACCCAGGUGGCCUGUACAUCCUCAACUAAACAUUAGCGUUUACCCAUGGAAAGAAGAUCCAAAGGUCUCCAGCUCAAAGGAAAGCAAGCUCUCUUUCUCCAACCCACUCUACAAGUGCCCAAACAGUUCUGAAGCUUGAGGAAAACAUAGACACGCAAACACUGGCCGUCACGUCCCUAUAGAUUUCCACUUCAUUUGAGCCUCCCCGACAACAUGGCUGUACUUGCUUAGGGUUUAGAGGUUGUUGUUGUUUUUUUUACACAAACUCAUGGGAGGAAAAAGUGUGACCGCAAACAGGUUUCAAUUAAACAGAAUGAAGCAUAGACUAUAUCAGUCAUAAAAAGAAAGUUUCUUAUAAGAAUCUGUGACUUAACUCAUUCCAUGUGUUGUGAAGUCUCUCUAAGGCACUGAAAUUACAUUUCCAUCUUAUUUUACCAGAGCCAACACUUUAUAUCAGUGCCUGCUUUAACAUUUGCUGAUAGAUGGCUAUGUAGGUUCAACAGCUCAAUCAAUAGUAUCAAAUACAUUAACCUGGUGAAGGCAAAUGUUUAUGUUAUGUUUAUGUAAAAAAAUGGAUUUCUGUGAUUUGGAUGGCAAUUGAUGUAUUUUUUUUUAUUUUUUAACAUCAUGUUCAAGUUAAGAAAAUCAUAGCUUUAUUAAAAUUAAAUAUUUAAGAUGACCACAAUAUAUCAUUAAUCCGGGAAAGGUUUAUCAAAUCUAAUAUGCACUCCGGAUGCCAUUUCAGAGAUUGUUUUGCUUUCAUAGCCUGCUCUCCUUCCAGAUCUCUGUGGUUUUGAGAAUAUUGUAUUUUCAUUACUUCAAAUAUGUGUUCAAUCACCACUUGAUCUCCUUUUUGAAUUCAGGCAGACCACAUUUUGGCAGAUAAUAAAAUUGAAAACUGUAAUGAUACCAAAACACGAACAAAGACAUGGGAAAUAAUGUGCUGUUGCAGUGUUUAAGUGAAAAUGAAAAUCCCCUGGGUACCAGAACACUGUAAGACAAGCUGAAAAUGUACAAUGAUGAACUCGAUUGAUUUAUGGAAUGUUUCAGUAUUAUAAACUGUCAGAUUGUGGGUUUUUUAAUCCUGCAAUCUUUGUCCUUUUA